AAACUCUAUUAUGACACACAAUUGAGCGAAAGGUUACAUAUGUAAAUAAAUGUUAAAAAAUAAAGGUGAUUUUUAAUAAACAUUCUUAAAAGAAAUAAAUUAAAUCUCAUAAAUACAUACAUGCAUACAUGCAUACGUGUUUACUUGUCGCGAAAUUAACAAAACGGCAAACCAAAGCGCAGUGAAGUGGUGGAUGACAGCAAUAAAACCAAAAUAUAUUGACAUUAACGGAGCCUGCAGUUGUCUUGCAGUGACUAAGCCCAAUGGAUGAGUGUGACAGGUGCCACAAGGGCAUACGGGGGGAUGGUGGUAUUCGCUGUAAGGGUGUGUGCGGUAGAGUUUACCAUAAAACAAAAGCGUGUGCAGCCAUAGAUGAGUACUGCCUGCAAGGCUUAGUUAAUUGCCCCUUUCUGAGAUUUAUGUGUCAUGAUUGUGUUACAUACAUAUCUAAUGUUGAUGAUGCUCUUAAGCAGAUGCUCGACAUAGCGAAUAGCAAUAAAAUAAAUAUUUGCGAACAAAAAAGUGAAAUUGAGGAGCUAAUAAGUAAUCACAAUAAGGAGAUCGCUGCAUUAUUGGCAAACAAUGAUAAAGAAAUUAAGAGAGUGGUGGACAAUAUUAAAAAAGUAAACAGGGAGAAAGAUGAGCUGAUUAAGAGGGUAGAAAAACUGUGCACGGUUAAUAAAGAGCAUUUUGAAAAAUCUGCUGAAAGUUUAUCUAAGCAAAGAGAGGAGAUAAUACAGGAACUCUGAAAAGUGUCCCACCAAUUAUUGUCAAACCAAAGGCGAAGCAAGCGGUUGAUAUAACAAAAAAAGACUUAAAUAAGAUUGAUGCUACUGAUAUGAAAAUUAAUAAGGUAAUAGAUAAAAAUAAUGGGUCAGUUGUUAUUAGGGCAAACGACAAUUCUGAGAAGGACAAAAUUAAGAAUACUCUGCAAAAGAAGUUAGACUUAGCGGUGUAUGAAAUUAUGGAAUCUAAGAUCAUUAAUCCAAAAAUUAAAGUCACCAAUAUGAGUGAGGAGUAUAGUGAUGUUGAAAUAGUUGCCAAAAUAAAAUCUCAAAAUGAGUUUCUUAAAAAUGCUAAUUUAAAAUGCCUGAAGGUUUUUAAACAAAAGAAAAAUUACAGUUCAAGGCACACCUUUAGUGCAAUAAUUAGCAUUGAUCAUGAUAAAUACUCUGAAGUGUUGAAACAUGCAAGACUUAACAUUGGAUGGGAUCAAUGUGGAGUAUAUGAUGGACAAAAUGUUAAAAGAUGUUUUAAAUGUCUAGGGUUCAACCACAACGCAGACACCUGUACUAAAAAGCUGAGGUGCGGCCGUUGCUUGGGGGAACACAAAUCUGAAGAAUGUGAGGUCCGGGUGGCCAAUCCGGUAUGUGGUAACUGUGUAGACGCCAAUAACGAUCUCGGAUUCAAGCUAGACACUAAACAUAGCAUAUUCAGUAAAGAAUGCCCUGUGUACCAAAGAAAGCUCAAACUGCAAAAGGAGCGUACCGGCUACUAGCAACCAACUCUAGAGAAUGCUUAUCGAAAACCAACAAAAGACUUGAAGUUAAUUUAUUUAAAUGUAAACAGUUUAAUACAUAAUAAACUCGAAAUAGAUAGAUUGGUCGAACUGUGUGAUCCUGCAAUCCUACUGUGUUCCGAAACAAGCAUAACAGAUGAAAUUUCUGAAGCUGAAAUAAGUAUACCAUCGUUCACAACAGUAAGAUGUAACUCACACAGCAGGCACACGGGAGGUGUAGCUAUGUACGUUAAUAAUUCACUCGAAUUCAGAGUAAAAUAUAAUAAAUCUUUUGAUGGUAACAUGUGGUGUAUUAUCGUCCAGCUAAAAAAUCUUGAGGUAAAGUGGCAAAUAGGAGUUGUUUAUCACUCUCCAAGUAGUAGUGACUCUGAAUUUAUUAAAUAUCUAGAAACAAUAGUUACUGAAAUAUGUGAUUCAACGACUAAUAAUAUAAUUGUUGGCGACUUUAAUAUUAAUAUGAACAAAGAAUCGACAUACAGUGCGAAACUAAAGGAGUUGUUUAGCUCUAUUUCCAUGUACCAACUUGUUGAUUUUAAUACUCGAAUAGCUGAGAUAUCGGAGACAAAGAUUGACCUUCUGUUCUCGAAUGAUAAACACGUUGUACCUAAGAGGCUUGAUCGACACAGAAUAUCUGAUCAUGAGACCAUAGUGUUUAAUAUUAAUAUAAGAAAAGAAAUCUCCCUUAGAUCGGUGUCGAAGAUAGUCUCCUGGGAACAAUACAGUGGAGAAAACCUUGUUAACUUACUUAGAAACUGUGACUUCUCAAUAAUUUUCCAACUUGAAUUAGAUGACAUGCUGGCGUAUAUAAAUUCGUGUCUGCUUAACUGUAUGCAACAAUUAACGUAUGUGAAAGAAAUAAAUGUUAAGAUAAGAAAUAAAUGGUAUGAUUAUGAAUUAACCCAAUUAAAUAAAAGAAAAUUAGUGGCUUACAACUUAGCAACAGACUCUGGUGACUGGUCCGAAUAUUAUAAAAUUAAAAAAGAAUACAAAAAAAUGAUAAAAAGGAAAAAAAUUGAAUAUAUGGAACAUAAAAUUAUAAAUAAUAAAUCAGACAGCAAGCUAAUGUGGAAACACUUAAAGCAAACUAUAUGUUAUAAACGUAAUCAGGACGAUAUUACAUUAAUACACCAUAAUGGUCGGUAUGUUGAAGACAAAAGACAAAUAGCAGAGGUGUUAAAUACUUUUUUCGUAGACAGUAUAGUGGAUAUUAAUAGCAGCAUUGAGAACAUAGAAAAUAAUGAAAAUAAUUAUUAUGAUAUUGAUACUACAUUUAAAUUGGAAGAAAUAACAUUAGAAGAUUUAGAACAAAUUAUUAUAAAGCUUAAAUACAAAAUUGGUGGGAAAAAACUUAUCAGUGAAGGUGUAAUCAGAGAUUCAUUACCAUACUUAGGUUACUUCUUGACAAAACUUAUCAACAAAAGUUUAGCAGCUGGUGUAGUGCCCGAGGAAUGGAAAGUAUCUACGGUAGUUCCGGUCAAAAAGGUUGAGAACACAGUUAAGGCUGAGGAGUUACGACCAAUCAAUACCUUACCAAAUCUUGAGAAGGUCUUAGAAACAGUGGUAAAAAAUCAGCUGGUUGAGUAUAUUGAAACCAAUAAUAUAUUAAUCAAAGAACAGUCUGGGUUUCGGGCAAAACAUUCAUGCGAAACGGCUCUCAAUUGGGUUAUAUCUCAAUGGAAAGAAGAUUUGAGGGGGAAAAAAGUUAUAGUUGCAGUAUUUAUUGACUUAAAAAGAGCGUUUGAAACCAUUGAUCGAGGGUUACUGUUGGGUAAGUUACAGCAAAUAGGCAUCAAGAAGGUUGAGCUGAAAUGGUUUGAGAGCUUUUUAACCAACAGGAAGCAGCACACAGUCAUAGGGGAAGUGUUGUCUGACGAUUUGCUCGUGGAUAUUGGACUUCCACAGGGUUCAGUGCUAGCGCCUAUUCUGUUCAACAUUUAUAUCAACGAUAUUUUAUCAUCAAUCAGGUAUUGUAAGAUAAGAUUGUUUGCUGAUGAUGCAUUGUUGACCAUAAGCGAAGAUGAUUUAGGCGCAGCAAUCCAUAAAAUGCAAAACGACUUGGACUCACUGUAUAUCUGGUUAUGCAAAAAUAAGUUAAUGUUAAAUGUAAAAAAGACAAAUUUUAUGGUAAUUUCUUCAUCUAAUAAAACGAGUCUAGAACAACAUGAGUUACAUGUUAAGAACGAAAAAAUUUCAGAAGUAACUACAAUUAAAUAUCUUGGUAUUCAAAUUGACAAUAAAUUAAAAUUCCAUGAUAACAUUGACCAUAUUGUGAAUAAAACGUCGAAAAAAAUUGGAUUUAUGAAAAGAACAUGCAAACAUCUAAGUAGGAGAUAUAAAGUCAUAGUUUAUAGAUCAAUUGUCGAACCACACUUCAUAUACUGCCCUACUAUUUUGUUUAUAACAUCGGACACACAGAUAGAUAAGUUACAAAAAAAUGCAAAACAGGGCUAUGAGACACAUUCUUAACGCCCGAUACGAUACCAGCAUCUCGUCAAUGCUGAAUGAGUUAAACUGGCUAAAUGUGAAACAAUUAAUUUUCUUCCACUCAAUGAAAUUUAUUUAUAAUAUUAAGAAUGGAGCCCUUCCAAAAUAUUUGAGUGACAACUUUAGGUAUAGUAGUGACACUCACACCUAUAAAACAAGAGUUAGGGAUAAUUUUAAACUCCCAUUCUGCCAAA